AAAUUAUGACUGUCACGUGGGCUAGCGUCACAUCCAUGGCUACCGUCGCAUGAUACACACUCAGCAGCCAUGCCUGCUGUCGGUUUCUGUGGAGAGUGGUUUAUUUUCACCUGCGACAAGAAACUCGUAGCAAUUCACACCAAACAAGCCAGAGAGGCCUUUGUGUUUGACUGCAGCACUGCUGACAAGAAGCCCAACAAUACAAAGGAUGUCAGUAACAGUGAUGGCGGUGCCUCAGAGGAAACAGGAAGUGAUAGAGUCCUUGCCUUUGCUGUUUCUCCUUCCGGAAAGCUGGUGGCGCUGACUGAUGAUUCCAAGAGACUGGUCCUGUUUCGCUGUGAGCCUUCAUGGCAGUGUAUCAGCAUCAGGUGGGUGGUGAGGAGGUGCACCUCCCUGAUGUUCAGCCAGGCAGAGGACCAGCUCCUGGCUACUGAUAAAUCAGGAGAUGUGUACUCCUUCUCAGUGGGGGAGCCGCAGAGAGAGGGCGUGCUCAAGCUGGGCCACCUGUCCAUGUUGCUAGCCAUGAGCAUGUCGCCGGACGACAAGUACAUCAUCACAGCCGACCGCGACGAGAAGAUCAGAGUGAGCCACCUGAGGUCUCCGUACAACAUCCAGUCCUUCUGCCUGGGACAUCAACAGUUUGUCAGCGCUCUGUUGGUGCCACCAGGCCACCCACACUGGCUGCUGUCUGGAUCAGGGGACGGGACCAUAAAGCUGUGGGACUACGAGUCAGGCCGUAAGCUGCAGAGCUGGGACCUGAAAGAGCUUGAAGAGACACCAAGCUCUGAGGCUGACCAGCAGAAGAACCCAACUGUGAGCCGCAUCAGCUGCUCCCGGGAUGCUCGCCAUGUAGCCGUGCAGUGUGAGAGAGCGGACACACUUCACUUCUUCACUGUGGACCAGGAUGGGGAGAAUAAACUUGUGCCUCACAGAAGGCUCUCCCUGCCCCACCUCCCCCUGGACAUGACCUUUGACCUGGAAGGUCAGCUAUGGGUGCUGAUGGACUCCGGAGAUGCACCACUCCAAAUAUACACCCACAGACGAGGCUCCUGGGAGUGUAAUGCUGAGAGCCCUGAGCUGAGCAGAGUGACUGAGGCCAUCAAACCGCACUGGGAGACACUGGAGGCCUCCUUAAGGACUGACAGCCGCUUCGAGCACCUGUACAAGGUGAACUUCGACAACGUGACGACGUACCUGCAGAAGAAGCAGCAGAGACUGGAGGAGCAGCAACUGAAGAGGGUGGGGGCACAGAAAGCCAACAGCAACAAGAAGGCCAGGAAAGAGAAGUUGUAACAAAGUGAUCUUCCUGAACGGACACGGAACAUUUAUUUUUGAAGCUUUGUGUGAUUGAUACGAGUGGAAUGCGAUUAUUUGAUGAAACACUUGAGAGCUUGUGCUUCACCACAUGGCAGUGUGGCUGAUGUAUAAAUAAACGUUGCAGCGAUCUUCCAACUGU